ACUGAGAAGACAGAGCUUUAACUUGGGCUUUUACUAGCCAAAUUCUGCGAUUUACAUAGCCUCAAUGCCAGGCGUACCCACAAGCAGAGGCUGCGAUGCCUGCAGAAAACAGAAGAAAAGAUGUGAUCCACCGGAACCACCUGCCAAAUGUCCAAGGUGUACGCGUCUACAGAUACUUUGUACAGGUUAUGGAGUGCAGAGAUACAAGUUCUUGUCUGUAGGCAGCAAUGCUGUUAAGAGGAAGAGACAACGCGCCUCUGCUCAAAAGACCGUGAUUGAAUAUACAUCCAAUGAAAAGUCAACACCGCAUCUCAUUCAGUCACCGAGCUCCCCUCCAGACAAUAUACUGGAGCGCGAGCUGAUGCAUCGAUGGCUAACAAGAACAGCAUGGGGCUUUUAUAGUGUUCCGAGGGACAAAGCAUAUCUCGAGGUGUAUCUACCGCAAGCCGCAUUGAAGAACAGCUGUCUCAUGAAUGGAAUACUUGCGCUGGCAGCUGCAGAUUUUGCUCACUCGGGACAAAAAGCCUACAUGAGGCUGGCCCUCGAAUACUAUGCAAAGGCUACAGCUGUAAUGCGCGAUCAGCUCGAGAGCAUUAAUGAAGGAAAUAUCAAUGACCUAUAUCCGUUCGCGUUGCUUAUGGCAGCUUUCAACUUUGUUGUUUCACCUCAACCGCGAGCAUUAGACCGACUCAGUUCAACCCUGAGUAUGAUGUCCAGUGCAAACACGCUCCUAAUGAGCGGAGCUUCCCGCCCAGAAUGUCAAUAUGAGAUAAUGUCGAGCAUUGACAUGAUAAUCCUGGACGAUCUGGAUACCAACAUGAGGGCCGCUCUGGACAAACUUACUACAGCCAGCGAUCAGAUUGGAGUGUGGAAUAUAGGUGAUCCGUCUGUGGCAUGCCUUGCUGGGGAUAGCCAAAUAUAUCAAGUUGCGAUCGCCCAUAUCAAGUAUAGCUUUGCCGAGGAAAAACGAGAUCUGAUCAAGAACUAUUGCUGGACAAUUGCCAGUGUAAACGAUCCGAAAUUCUUCAUCGCUGUCAGGGAAUCAGAGCCUAUGGCUUUACUGAUCAUAUUAUAUUUUGCUGUUCUGUUAGAUAGGAUGAGCAGAAAAGAAUCCGUCCUGACAUGGUGGCUUCGGUCCCAGGGCAAGGAAAUCGCGGACGAUCUUUCACAAAUUUUGCUGCAUUCUCCGGCUGCACGGAUACCAGAUGUGCAGGAGGCAAUAGCCUGGGCAAGAAAGGAGGUUGGUCUCUCAGAAUCCUCUUGAGCCGAUGCUAUAUGUUGAAGUAUAGAAGAACAUUGAAACAAUGUGAUUGCCUAAAAACCUUCAAUCUUGAUUCCAAUCGCGCCUCAUUUAGCUGCAAAUAGUAUCCAGCUGACCGAGGAAAAUCUAUGAAGUGCGAUAAAUGGAUAUCAGACUCUCGAUUCAUUUUAGUAUGG